AUGAAGUCGCCAACGGGGCCAGCAGCGUUGCCGCCACGACUAAGCAGGCUUGCGCAGCAGACGCCUGGCAGUGGGGCAGUAAUCGCUGCCGCACGGGACGACAGGCUGGCCGAGGCCGUGGGGUCAUCUGUCUCCACCAUGGAUUCCUCCUACACUGCUGAGGCCAGCGUCAGCAGCGAGCUCUCACCCUCGGGAAUCGUCACAACAAGCCCUGGCAUGCCUCAUGGUGUGCAGCUGCCCUACACAAUUUCUGAGGCGCUGCCGCCCAUCUCACCACCGGCGCCACAGCAGCAGCAGCUGCCUUUCGCCGCUCACCACACAAUGUCGCCCCCGCAGCAGCAGUACCAGCCCCAACCUCAACACCAGCCCCAAUAUCAACACCAGUACCAACUCCAGCAGCAUCAACAUCCACUCCAGCCUCAACACCAGCAGCUCACAACUAUGCAAGCUAGCACUUUGCCGCCGCCGCAGCAGCCCCAACAGCCACAAGCGUGGCAUACCUCCCUAGGGCCGAUUCUGACGACUCAGGAGCCUAUGGCCAGGGCGCAGGUAGCGGCGAUGGCGGCUGGCGGCCCCGGGCCCGGCCCUUCCGGUCCUGGCAACAGCACGGGACGCAGCAGGGAGAGCAGCGCUUCCAUGUGGGCUCCACCGCUGCCAAUAGCAGUUGGGGGAGUUGCAAGCGGUCACGGCGCCAUGCGUGCGUACGGCAUGCACUCCGACGGCGCAGCGGCAGCGGUCGCCAACGCCGCCGUCGCCGUCGCUGGGCCCCAUGCUGCUGCUGUGAACAUGCCCGUUGGGCCAGGCUUGCAUUCGGGCGGCUCACGAGGUUCGCGUGGACAUUCCCGCCAUGCGUCGUACGACAGCAUUGACGUAAACUCGAGGGACGGUGACGGCGUCAGCCAACGCGGUAACAGCGGGGGUGUCGGCGGCGGUGCUGCCGUGGACGCACGUGCAACACCGUUUGUGUUGUACGGCGGCGGUGCCGCAGCCACCGCGCCGCCGCCACCGGCGCCGCUGCAGCGGAUUGCCGCCGACCCAACCUCUGACUUGUUGCAGCAGAAUUUGCAGCUCCAAAGGGAGUUGGAGCUCUUAAGACAGCAAGUGGCGCUAUUCACUCAAGUGACGGGGCUGGCCCCCGCCACUCUUGCGGCUGCCGGCAUGUCGCCGACAAACACCCACGCCUACUCUGCACAGCAUCCCACCAUGCUAGCACCGCCUCCGCAGCCUCAGCAGCAGCAGCAACAUCAACAACAACAAAUCUCAGCUGUCGCUAUGGCCGGUGUUGGCGGCGGCGCUGGCAGCUUGCCGCCACAUCCAGGCAGUGUUGCACCGCAGGCUGCCGCACUCUUCCGCAACGCAGCCGGGAGUCUUGCGGCUGUGGCAGGGCCAGGGGCUCCUCCAGGGCCCAUGUCAGCGCCGCCGUCGUCCAAUCGCCACAAGCGGUCUGCUUCGAUUGACGUGUCCUCCCUGAUUGCGACGCGGGACGGCAUAGGGCCCGCGAAGGACUACCUGGCGCCGGCGGCCUCACAGUCGCCGGCGGCUGCCAGCCAUGCGCCUCAGGGCCACCUGUCGCCAGAACGUCGGUCGCCCCUGGCGCGAGAUGGCGGCACUGGCACCGGCACUGGCACUGGCAAUUUCAUGAUGGGACAUAAGACCGCACCGCCGGCGUUGGAGGCCUUGCGCCAGAAUCACCCCGGCAUGUCGUUGGCCCAAGCGGCUUUGGCGGAGUUUGAGGAGGAGGUGUUGGAAGAGGGGUAUGAUGAGGACGACGAGGAGCCUGAAGACGACGAGGACGGCGACGGGGGGGAGAUGGAGCCGGCCGUGGACGAGUCGUUGAAUUCCGCAGCCGGCAUUGAUAGGCUGGGCUCCGUCAUCUUGUCUGUGGCCCUGCCGCUGGCGGCGCAGGGCUCCCUGCAUCGGCAGAUUGGUGAGGGCAGUGGGUGCUUGGAGAGCGCUGCGGGGCCGGCGUCUGGGCCCGUACCAGCUUUCCCCGCCGUGCAGGAAGCAAACGGCAGCCUGGCCGCUGCUGCCGCCUCCGCUGGUGUUGGCGGGGGUGGGGGCAAGGGUGGGGCCCGGGGCGGGGGGGGGGCCGGGGCCCCGAUCUGGCGGCGGCGAAACGCGUUUGUGGAGUGGGCGAACACGAUGCAUCACGAAAUGGUGGUUGAAGAGCAGCCGCCUGGCGGAAGCAGCGCGAGUGGUGGCGGUGGCGGUGGCAGUGGCAGUGGCAACGGUAGCGGCAGUGGUGUCCCUGGCGGAGGUAUGCCUGGACAUGGCAACACGAUGGCAGGCGGGGCAGGCGGCACAGAGCACACGUCAUCAUCAUCGGGCUACGCUGUUCCCUUGGCGCUUGCGGCGGACACGCUGCCACCGGAGGGUGUGCAGUUCCAGUAUGCGCCGGGCGUCUACAUCACGUUGAAGCCACCGGCACAAAAAGGCGGCCCGGUUCGGCUGGUCAAGGUUCGCUUCAAUCGCAAGAUGUUCACGGAGCAGUCUCAAGGCCAGGCCUGGUGGAACAUGCACAGGGCGACACUGGCGGCGAUGUACGAGCUGACCUUCGACAUGGGGAACAAGGCACCUGUAGCACCAUCAUCAUCACCGCCGGGGUUGCCGCCGCUAGCUCCCGGUUCACACGGCACAGUUCCCCCGGCCGCAAUGCACACCCGCGGCAUGAGCACCGACACACAAGGGACGAGCGCCGGCAGCACCGCGGCGUCGGGGAGCAGUAGCAUGUACUUCUCCGUCCCAGUCAGUAACAGCCCCCUUCACGGGGGUGCAGCCUCUGGCGCCGCUGGCGGGGGCGACCUUGUGACGGGUUCAGCGGGGGCCAUGUGGCGUUCUGUCGCGUCAGCGGUAGCUGGCGGCGGCGGUGGCGGUGGUGGCGCCGGCGGCGGCGGCGGCGAUUUCGAUAUGAGUUGGACUGAGCUGAACUACGACAGCCAGGCCAUGAUGGUGUUGCCGCCGCCGCCACCUGUGGGGACUAUGGGGGUGGCGGGGUCCCCUGCAAUGCCGCAGCGACGCGACCACUCUCGGAAACAGCAGCCGCACGGCCAGCGGCGGCUCAAGCCAUGCAGGCGUAUCGAGGCCGCCCUCGCAGCCGUGCCCAGAGUCACCCGUGUUUGCCUUGCAGCAAUUUGGUUCGGGGGGAAGCGGCUCGGCUGGCGGUGUUGGUGUUGGUGUUGGUGGCGAUGGCGGUGGCGGCGGCGGAGGGCCAUUAUACCCAGCGACUGCUACCGCCCUGGCGACGGCUGCUGCCGCCGCAGCGGCGCAGCCGUACUAUCCCUCUCACCAGCGUGCGCAGUCUGGUGGCGGGUCGUCUGGCAGGUCGCAUGGGCAUGCAUGGGGAGUAGGGGUGGUGAGAAUACAUCGGGCGUCUACAUCACGUUGAAGCCACCGGCACAAAAAGGCGGCCCGGUUCGGCUGGUCAAGGUUCGCUUCAAUCGCAAGAUGUUCACGGAGCAGUCUCAAGGCCAGGCCUGGUGGAACAUGCACAGGGCGACACUGGCGGAGAUGUACGAGCUGACCUUCGACAUGGGGAACAAGCAAUUUGGCUCGGGGGAAAGCGGCUCGGCUAGCGGUGUUGGUGUUGGUGGCGAUGGCGGUGGCGGCGGCGGAGGGCCAUUAUACCCAGCGACUGCUACCGCCCUGGCGACGACUGCUGCCGCUGCAGCGGCGCAGCCGUACUAUCCCUCUCACCAGCGUGCGCAGUCUGGUGGCGGGUCGUCUGGCAGGUCGUCGAGACAGGUACUUUCGGGCAUGGGCAUGCAUGGGGAGUAG